UGUAUAAAUAAAUUAAAGAAUAUGAUUUUCGCAGGUAUUAAGUCUUUUUCUUUCUAUUUUUUAUCUGAAAAUCCUAAAUCAUGAAACCCUAAUCCAUAAUUUCUCGCAACAAUACCCUAAUUAAUCCAGAUCCAUCUCUAAAGCUCAAAUUUCUAUUAUUUUACCACCAUCAUAUCUUCUCCAAUCUAAUAAAAUUGUCAUCUUUUGACAUCAAUGUCAACUGGGUAUUGAAUAUUUAAUCAAUUAAUCGUUAGGGUUUGCUUGAUUUUGUUUUUAUAUCGUUAUUAAUCUUUCCAAUUUCCAUGGAUGGGAACAAAGAUGACGCCGUGAAGUGUUUAAAAAUCGGAAAAGAUGCACUGGAAUCGGGCGACCGCGCCCGUGCUUUAAAGUUCAUCGGGAAAGCUCGCCGCCUCGAUCCAACUCUUGCAGUUGAUGAUCUUUUAUCAACGAUUGAGAAUGAAGGAUCGCCGGAUCAAACGGCUGCGAGUACUAACGGACCUACCGAUAGCACAACAACAGCAGCACCCAAUACUGAAUCAAAGGUCAGACAUAGGGGUCCUGUAACUGGGUCAUCUUCAUCUGCCUCUGCGUCAUCCUCUACUGCCACGUAUACAGAAGAGCAGAUCACAAUUGUGAGGCAAAUUAAGAAAAAGAAAGAUUUCUAUGAUAUAUUAGGGUUGGAGAAGACUUGUACCGUUGAUGAUGUCAGAAAAGCUUAUCGGAAAUUGUCUCUUAAAGUCCAUCCUGAUAAGAAUAAGGCGCCCGGUGCUGAAGAAGCAUUUAAAGCUGUUUCUAAAGCGUUUCAGUGUCUUAGUGAUGAAGACAGCCGGAAAAAAUAUGAUGUUACGGGCAGUGAUGAGCCUGUUUAUGAGAGAAGGGCGGCUAAUAGGCAUCACGGUGGAUAUCAUAACGGGUAUUAUGAUGAUUUUGAUCCUGAUGAGAUUUUCAGGCAGUUUUUCUUCGGGGGAAGGCCUCCUGCUACUACCCAGUUUAGGAGUUUUAACUUCGGGGGAGGUAUGGGACCAAGAACUGGCGGUGACCAGUCAUCUGGGUUUAAUAUGCGUGCAUUGCUUCAGUUGCUCCCUGUUCUUGUUAUCCUGCUUUUGAACUUUUUGCCAUCUUCCGAGCCAAUUUACUCGCUUUCUAGGUCGUAUCCUUAUGAAUAUAGGGUAACUACUCCAAAGGGGGUCAACUUUUAUGUGAAGAGUACUAGGUUUGAGCAGGAUUAUCCGUUGCAUAGCCAUGAAAGGGCAGCAUUGGAAGCAAAAGUGGAGAGGGAUUACGUGUCUAUUCUUUCACAGAAUUGCAGGUUUGAGGUGCAGAGGCAGCAAUGGGGUUUUGUAAGGGAGACUCCUCAUUGUGAGAUGUUGCAGCAGUUUCAAUCUGGGGCCACUACGGCUUGAUGAGUUGGAAUUAACUAUUAAGGUUACAUUUUGAUAUUUGUUUAGAGUUUAUUAUUUAAACUGUUAUGAUGUAAUGUUGAUAGAUUAAGGCCAAUAAGUUUUCUUCCAAUUUUAUUACCUGCAAAUUUUAUCAACAAUAUUAUAUAUCUUGUGAUGUAUCUGGCAUAUGAGAUUUUUAUAUAACGUGUCCCUAUUAGAAUAGCUUCUGCUUUUUCUCAUGUAUAAUAUAUGUACUCGUAAUUAUUUCCAGAUUAUAUUCAUAUGGUGACUGAUUCUGUUUGUGGUGGCAA